AUGAAAAUUUUGCAUUUCGAUAUCAAGCAACACAACAUUCUUCUUGACGAUAAGUUUGUUCCGAAGAUUUCAGACUUCGGUUUGGCAAGAUUAUGCCCCUUAGAUGACAACAGUUUAAUCUUGACUGCAGCAAGAGGAACCAUUGGAUAUAUAGCUCCAGAAUUGUUUCACAAGAAUAUUGGAGGUGUCUCGAACAAAGCUGACAUCUAUAGUUUUGGAAUGUUGUUGAUGGAAAUAGCAGGGAAAAGAAAGAACUUGAAUGCAAAUGCGGUCAAUAUGAGCCAAAUUUACUUUCCUUCUUGGGUGUACGACCAGUUCAGUGAAGAAAAGGAGAUGGAAAUCGAAGAUGCCACAAAUGAGGAAAAGAAACUAACAAAGAAGAUGCUGAUGGUAGCACUGUGGUGUAUACAAAUGAAGCCAAGUGACCGUCCUAAUUCGAUGAACAAAGUAGUAGAGAUGCUUGAAGGAGAGGUUGAAUGCAUUCAAAUGCCUCCAAAGCCUUUCCUAUAUCCACAAGACACACCACGGCUUAUCGGUUCUCAUCCCUUCGAUUUGGCACUUCUUGUGUCCUCUUGGCUCCUGGCGGCUUGGGCGGCGGCGGUGCCUGUGCAGGAUAGCUUGGGCGGCGGCGACGGCUGUGUUAUUAUUGUAGGAGAUGAUGUUUUAUUAAAUUUUUAG